UUAACAAAUUAAAAACGCCUCAAAAACGUCAACUUCAAUUCAAUUGACAGCUGACAAAGUGACAACUGCAUGCGUUGAUGGUGUACGUGUUGUGUCGAAAAUUUUACAAAAAAAGUAAGAUUUUGUUAAAUAAGUGAUAUAGAAAAAAAUUUUUCUUCAAAAUGAAGACUCGUUUUAAUACCUACGAUAUAAUAUGCAUGGUCACCGAGCUACAGAAGCUGGUGGGCAUGCGAGUGAACCAGGUGUAUGACAUAGACAAUAAGUCGUACCUGAUCCGCCUGCAGCGCUCCGAGGAGAAGUCAGUGCUGCUGCUGGAGACGGCAACUAGGUUCCACACAACACAGUUUGAAUGGCCAAAGAAUGUAGCACCUUCAGGGUUUACUAUGAAGCUCCGCAAACAUCUCAAGAACAAGCGUCUAGAGAAGCUCACACAGCUCGGCAUUGACCGUAUCAUAGACCUGCAGUUCGGGAGCGGGGAAGCAGCGUACCAUGUAAUUCUGGAGCUGUAUGACCGGGGAAACAUAGUGCUUACAGACUAUGAGUGGACGAUACUCAAUGUGCUGCGGCCACAUGUAGAGGGUGAUAAAAUCAGAUUUGCAGUGAAAGAAAAAUAUCCCCUAGAUAGAGCAAAGUCGAACUUUGAUCCUCCAGAUGCAGAGGGCUUGAAGAAAAUAUUAGCGAACAGUAAACCUGGAGACAAUCUCAAGAAAAUACUCAACCCUAAUCUGGAAUAUGGUCCAGCAAUAAUAGACCACGUUCUCCUGGAGUCUGGCCUCACGGGCAACAUGAAGAUCAGCACGGAACCUGGGAAGGGUUUCUCCGUAGAACGGGAUUUGGAUAAGCUGCUAGAAGCCGUGAAGAAGGCUGAGGCGUUAAUGGAGACCGCGAGACGCGAAGUUGCAAAGGGCUACAUCACUCAGAAGAAAGAGGAACGUCCCCAGCCCCAAGCAGGCGAGGAUGCCUUUUUCCUCACCAACGUCGAGUUCCACCCGAUGCUAUACGCGCAGCACAAAGCACAGCCCUAUGCAGAGUAUGACACGUUUGACAGAGCUGUCGAUGAGUUCUUCUCGGCACUGGAGGGACAGAAGAUUGACUUAAAGACUAUUCAAGUAGAGCGAGAAGCCAUGAAGAAGCUCCAGAACGUGCGCAAAGACCACGAGAAGCGAGUGAACGAGCUGGAAGAACUUCAAGUCACGGACCGGCAAGCUGCUGAACUGAUUUCAAGAAACGAGCCGCUGGUCGAACAAGCAAGGCUCGCUAUACAAGCUGCCAUCGCCAACCAGAUGUCCUGGGACGACAUAACGCUCCUCGUAAAAACGGCCCAGGAGAACGACGACCCGGUCGCCUCCUGCAUAAAACAUUUGAAACUGAACACGAACCACAUAACGCUGUCCCUCUCUGACCCGUAUGAGGAUGAGGUGCCGCCUAUGUGUGUUGACAUCGACCUGUCGUUGACUGCCUUCGCUAACGCCAGGAAGUACUACGACAUGAAACGUAAUGCAGCAAAGAAACAACAGAAGACCCUGGAGUCAGCAGACAAGGCGCUCAAGAGUGCCGAGCGGAAGACCAAACAAACCUUGAAAGAAGCGCAGACCAUUAGCUCCAUCAGUAAAGCCAGAAAGACGUACUGGUUUGAGAAGUUCUUCUGGUUUAUAUCCUCGGAUAAUUACUUGGUGAUCGGCGGGCGCGACCAGCAGCAGAACGAGCUCCUCGUCAAGCGCUACAUGCGCUCCGGCGACGUGUACGUGCACGCCGACGUGUCCGGGGCCUCCUCCAUCAUCAUCAAGAACCCAGGCGGGCCCGUGCCGCCGAAGACACUGGGCGAAGCGGGCCAGGCUGCUGUAGCUUACAGUGUGGCGUGGGAAGCAAAAGUCCUCACAAGCGCGUGGUGGGUGCACGCGCAGCAGGUGUCCAAGUCCGCGCCCACCGGCGAGUACCUCACCACCGGCUCCUUCAUGAUCCGCGGCAAGAAGAACUACCUGCUGCCCCAGCAUCUGCAGCUCGGCUUCAGCUUCCUGUUUAGGUUAGAAGACAGUUGCAUAGAGCGGCACAGGGGCGAGCGCAAGUCGACGGUGGCCGAGGACGACGCCUCGUCCGUCGCGUCGGACGCGAACACGGCAGUGGCGGCGGACGAGGGGGACGAGGAGAUUGCAGUCUCCGAAGAUGACGGAUCAGAUGAAGACGACAAAUCGCAAGAGAAAGAGGAGAGCUGUGAGAAAGAGCCGCCAAGCGAUAAGCCCGCCUUGGACGACAUAGAAGAGGAUAGCGAAAGUGAUGAUGAAACCUUCCCUGACACGCAUAUCAAGGUCGACCACGGAACGGGAGAAGUUAUAAUGCAGUCGAAAACACGGACGAUAUCAGAAGUAUCAAACAACAGCGACGACAAGCCUCUUUCAUUCCCGUCCCUACCAAAGAAGACCGGCAAGAAAAACCACAAAGAACAGCAGAAGAAAGAAGAUAUAAAGGAGGAAAAGAAGGAGCCGGGCAUGAAGCGUGGGCAGCGCAGCAAGCUCAAGAAGAUUAAGGAGAAAUACAAGGAUCAGGAUGAGGAGGAUCGCGCGCUCAGGAUGAGCAUACUCCAGUCAGCAAACGCCCUAAAAGACACGAAGAAAAGCCAAAAGAAGGCAGCAGCCAAGAGCGGCAAGCCCGGCAAGACGAAGGGGCCGAAGAUACCCCAGCCCGCUCCGCAAAUCCUCGAAGCGGAGGAUGAGGAGCCGGAGGAGCCUGAAGCGGAUGCUGAGCCGGAACAACAAGGCGCGGAUGUGGAAAUACUGGACCAGCUGACCGGCUGCCCGCUGCCCGAGGACGAGCUGCUGUUCGCCGUGCCCGUCGUGGCGCCCUACUCCGCCCUGCACAACUACAAAUUCAAAGUGAAGCUGACCCCGGGCAACAGCAAGCGGGGCAAAGCGGCCAAGACCGCCGUCGCGGUGUUCACGCGCGACAAGGCGUGCUGGCCGCGGGAGCGAGACCUGCUGAAGGCGGUCAAGGAGGAGAACGUCGCCAGGAACUUCCCCGGGAAGGUCAAACUCUCGGCGCCGCAGCUGCAUAAGCACAAGAAAUAGGGAGAAUUAUCACGCCCGUAACUGUUAUGUUGUCCUAGUACUUUUAUAAGCAAUACGUAACCCAGUUUUAACGAAAUUUUGCGCGUUUUUUUGUCAUUUCAUCAGCAGACAUAGAAGUUUUUGUGGCAAAAACGAGUGGUUGAGAAAAUGAAACAUCGACAAAUAACGACAUCGACAAGUCAGUCAUAGAUUAAUAUUUAAAAGAUACUAUUGGGAGCGUGCACGACUGUCACGCAACCUAGUGUCCGCAAGUCUAGGGGAAAACGUCAAUUCACUACAUCUACUACUCUAAAACUAAAAACUACUGAACGGAUUUUCAUACGACUUUCAUCUAUCAAUAGAGUGAUUCUUGAGGAAGGCUUAAGUAUAUAACUAGUUAAGGUUUUGUGUAAAUUGUUUGAAAUAUAAAGAUGUUGUCGGAAAAAAUUACGCUGGCUAGGAGCUUUAAUCGAAAACGCUGCCUAAUCCGUUUGAGCUAUAACAACACAAUGUAUGGUGGGGUUGUUUCUCAUUCAUAGGUCUACUAUGUGAAAUGUCUAUCUUUUAAGGAUAACUUACUAUAUCCAUUCUUAACUUCUAGAAAAAGAUCACGUAAUAUGUGGCAUUUGCAAAGCUAUUUACAUGGAUACAUUAAUAACAAUUAUCAAAAUAAAUACGUUUUCCUACUCCUCUACUGUUAUCUGUCAUUUAUGCAUGCAUUCAUAAAAGAUUUCAAGAAAAGUCUAUAUUGUCUAUUCCUCAUAAAAGCUCUUGUGCUUUUAUAAGCUAUAAUGUUACUGCGAUUAAUGGCUACCAACCUAACAAAACCAAAACGAAUACAGUUUUAAACUAAGUGCAUUGAUGCCAACUUACAAAAUAUUCAUUUGGUUGCAUAGUAAAAAUAAUUACGUCAUAAGUCAGAAACACGCAUGUGACACCCGUAAUAUAGCAACACCCAUAGACUACGAAGACCGCUUAGCGUUGCUUGUUAGUCUCCGUAGGCUACGGUGGCCAAAAUUGAGAAAAAACUGUCCAAAAAAUUAAUUUAGCAAGUAGCAAGUACCAGGGCCUCAUGAGUUACGAGGAGGUGUCGCCGACCGGCCGGCCGCGGCCCGGGGCGGGCCGGGCGCGUAACAAGGUAUGCUCGCGCGUCUUGGCUAUAUACUUUUGCUGUAAUUUGUUUACCUAAAUUAAGAUUUAUUUUUGUUGACUCGUAGGAAAAAUAUUGUAUGCAACGUUGUAUAAGUAGGUCAAAAAAUUCUCGUGGCGUAUUCCUUUACAAUGUUCGCCUACGCCUUCGGCUCCGGCUCACAUUGUAACUCACGCCACUCGCCUUUUUUGACCCUUCUUAUACAACUGAUGCAUAAAAUACUAUAGUUAUAUUAAGCAUUUCAUACAGAUUACAAUGGUCCCUUACACCAUUCAAUUUAAAUGAAUAUUUCAGGAGUAAUCGUAAAUCAAAGUUUCAUUUCGAGCCAUAUAAUUGUACGAAAUGUUAAAGACGCUAUCCGCAGUUUGUUCAAAUUUUUACCACCUUAUGCGCUGGGAUCACUUUACUUACCCCCACCAUGCACUUCGCACGGUCCCAAUAUAAGGUAAAUUCUACUUGCUGUAAUUAACCGGGAAAUUUCAGGAAUGCAAGAUCAAUUACAAAUCCGACCAUAAUUUCUUUGUUACAUAUAUUAAGUAUUUAAAAAUAAAAACGUAGACUGUAGAAUGCAGUGUCAAAAAAUAAGAAAACUACCAAUGGGUGUAUCAAAGAAGAUAUUGAACGUGUUGUGUAUUUCGCGGUAGCUAUCUUUUUAUACAAUGUUAAAAAUAUCUACAACGCUAAGGUAACAUUGAUAAUAGACAUGUCGAUAUUUGAUUUUGUCAAUCACUUUAUUUUGCCACAAAAACUUCUAUGUCUGUUCAUCAGCUUCAACUUCUCUAUAGGGACCUUGCGCGUUGGAGGGUCUGCCAUCUUGUGGCCUGAAUCGGAAACAUAAUCUGUACAUUGACACUUCGCGACAAACCAAGUGCUGUCAUCAACCAUUCUCGUACGUUUUAUUGUGCAUUGUAGGUUCUGCCAUCUUGUGGGCUACAUUGGAAGCUUAAACUUGACAUUUACCCUUCGCGCCAAUAAACAGGGGGCUCCUGUGCUGCGCCCUACAGCUCAUGCACGUUCCCUAUAUACUCCUAGAACUUUGUUAAUAUACAGGGUGAUUUCGGGGUCGUGGAGCAAAAGAACUAUACAUCGUACAGAAUCAAAAGAUGAGCCUAAUGAUGUUGCUAAUUAUUUAUUAUCACCAAUAAUGAUAAUUAUUUUUCAGAUGACCAGUAGAAAAAAACAUUUUUGCAUACAAUUUGGUCACCCUACUCAAUGUGACGUCUUGUCGCUCUCCAUACAGCGUAUGUCAAAAGUCAUAGGGUGACCAUGAUUACUUAGUAUAAGAUUAAUUUUACUUAAAAAUAAGGAAAAAUCACUAAUUAUAUUUUAAGUAAAUACUACCAUAUGAUAAUGUGGAUCAUUUACAGAAUCAGAAAAAGUGGUUCUGGAUCACGACCCAGAAAUCACCCUGUGUAAGAGGCUAAGAGCAUGUUCCAAUUUAUUUUUGUUUUUUUUAAUACCGUGUUUUCAGUUUCAUCAUACAAUUUCUAAUUUUUGUAAUUGACAGUGUGAGUGUGACAUUUUAUGACUCUUGCAAAGGUGAUACAAUAUCCGUGAUAUUUAUCGUAAUUCAACUAAAAAGGGGGUA